AUGGAGGCACACGCCGGGGGAGCGACGGAGGCCUCGGCCAACGAGAAGAUGGCCGAGCCGACACUGUUACUUCCUUUGUGUAAGCCUCGGGUGAUUGGUUCAUCUCUGCCAAUCCUCGCCGCGCCGGGUGACGACGUCAUUCUGCCAUGCCACCUGGACCCACCCGUCGACGUGCGGGGGCUGACGGUGGAGUGGUCCAAGCCCGACCUCAAGCCCGACCCCUCCGAUCGGCUGAGCCGGGUCGGGUACGUGCACCUUUACCGGGACAAGCGAGAGGACCCUGACAUGAAGAUCCCGUCGUACGUCGGCAGGACGGCGCUGUUCACAGACGACCUGAAACGUGGAAACAUAUCGCUCAAGAUCGUGAACGUAACGCACGCGGAUGACGGGAGAUACAGAUGUUUCAUCCCAAAGUUAAGGAGCAAAGCGAAUGCUUCAAUUAUACGACUUGUUGUUGAUCCAAACUUGCUUAGAACCGGGACGACAGAGGCGCCGCUGCGUGACAGAGGCCUACAAACUCCCGAUCCAGAAGACGGGACGGAUGGCAAAGAUGGUCGGUCCAGUCCCAACAUCUGGAUCCUGCCAGUGGUCGUCUGCUCCUCGCUAUCCCUGGCUGCUGCUGCUGUUGUAGUCGGUGGAUAUUUUCUUAUACGACGGCAUCGAAAACGAGAAGUAAGUCAGAAAUGAACAAAAACUAUCGUUACU